UACAGCUUAUUUUUCCUCUAAAAAGUUGUCAUCAGUGAUAAAUAUAUUUCAUGUUCAUAAAUCGAUACAUCGAUUAGUCGAUACACAAUGUUUUCACAUCACUAGCUGGUAGCACAUUGCAAGUAAACAAAAAAAAAUUAAGAAAAAAAUAAAUAAUUUAUUAAAAACCAUAUUUUGGCCACAUCAAAUGGAACUAUACAAACAUAUGUACAACAUACAAAUUAAUUAAUGAAACAUGGAUCGAACAGUGCCUGAGAACUGUAUUCUCUGUCUGGAGGAUAAUCCGCUGACGCUUGACCAAUAUAUCGAUAUAUACUCCGAAAAGGGAUUACAACUCAAUGUGGUGAAGAUUAUCAACAAACAUUUGCCAAUGCAGCUGGCUGCUGGUCCCUCUCUCGCUCCCUCUCACGUUCCCGCUUCCAGUGGCAGUAAAGUGUGCCUGGAAUGCUGGAAGACACUGUCCGCUUUCCAUACGCUGCAUGAUUUCGUCAGUGCUGCGCAGGUUUCGCUGCGAGAGACGAAGGUGCUCCUAAUGGAGGAGGAGGAAGAGGAUGAUCCGUUGACCCAAAUCAACUUCAAUGCGGAUAAACAGUCUACGGUUCAAACGGAGUUAUCCUUUUAUCCGGAGGUUAAGAUCGAGGAACACGAACUGGAGCAGUUGCCUAAGAUUGAGGUGCUCGAGAGCAUGACUAAUCUGGAUGCUUCUACGGCCAGACGCUUAAGGAAACGCGUCAAGGCGGAAGCGGAAACUGUCCAAGUUGUCAGUGAGGAAGCGGCGCCAAAGAAACGUCGCGGAAGACCGCGUAAAACGGAAAUUCCCAAGGAAAAGGAAAUGCCGCAGGAGCAGCAGAAAAUCGAGCAGUCAGUGCAUGAGACGGUAGAGAUCGAAGCGGAUUUGAAAAGAGAAAAGCCGACGGACUUGAGCGACCAGGAUGAACAGGAAUUCAGUUGUAAUUUCGAUGAAGGACUCAAUGAUCACAGCAACGACAGCAGCGCAGAUUCCUCCGAUGAUGAUGACGAUGAUGAUGAUGAUGAUGAUGAUUCGGACUUUGAGUUCAAGGCGGAUAAACCCAGCGAAGUGGCAUUCGCCGUGAUACCAAAGAGAACUCCGGUGCGGCCCAAGAAAUACAAGAAGCGAGCGAAACCGACGGAGCCAAAAGUGCGCAUGUCCCGGGAACUGUUGGAUCAGCGCAAGAAGCAGCAGGAGGAAUACGAUGGCAUCAUUGCCAAGUUCUUCAGUGAUGUGCUGCCCUGCUCCAUCUGCAAUCUGUUGGUGCACAAUUUUACGGAAAUGCAACGCCAUCAUCGCCUCACACAUCAGGUGGAUCCUGGUUACAUGAUCUGCUGUGGCCGGAAGUUCACCCAACGCAAGGUGCUUGCGGAACAUGUGCUGGUCCACUGGAAUCCCGAGCACUUCAAGUGCAUCACCUGCAAGAAGGCAUUCCAGAACUCCAGGCACCUCGAGUCCCAUCAACAGGUGCACGUAGCAAAGGUCUCCUUCCAGUGCGACCUCUGCUCCAAGGUGUUCCUCAGCAAGACGGCCAUCGAUUACCACAAGCUCAACAAACACGUUCCCAAAUCCGAGUUCAAAUUCACUUGCAAUGAGUGCGGCAAAAAAUUCCUGACUGAGCGUAAGCUGAAGAAUCACAUGAGUUCCAUGCACGAUCCGGAGAGUAUAAUUAUUUGCGAUAAAUGUGGCAAGCAGAUGCGCACCAAAAUCAUUCUGAAGAAGCAUCAGGAACUAAUGCACUCGAAUACACCGCGACCGGAGCCCGAGUUGAAGCAGUGCCAAAUCUGCGGAGCCUGGCUUAAGGGAAUGACGGGACUGAAGCAGCACAUGAAGAGCAUCCAUGUGGAAAGUGCCGGAGAGCAUCGUUGUCAUGUGUGCAGCAAGAUUUCACCAAAUGCUCGUGCUCUACGUCGCCACAUCUAUCACAAUCACGAGUGCGAGCGUAAAUUCAAGUGUACCAUGUGCGAUAAGGCCUUCAAACGACCACAAGAACUAAAGGAACACACAUCCACACACACAGGCGAGGUGUUGUACACAUGUCCCAAUUGCCCGAUGACAUUCUUCUGCAGCGCCAACAUGUACAAGCAUCGACAACGCUUGCAUCGGGCUCAAUAUAUGGCCGACAAGAAUCAGCCAAAACCGCCAAAUAUAUUGCAGCAAGCGGUGGGAGCCACAGCGGCCAUGAAGAUCAAAUUAAUGCAAAACUCGAACGCAGCUAGCAUAGAAUCCGACUUGAAGCAUUUCUAGAUCAUAAUUAUCAUUAAUGUUUAUGUUUAGUCUAUGUCUAUAUUUAUAAUUGUACACUAAGCUAUAUAGAUUUGUAAUUUGUAAAUUAAGUGAAGCAAAGUAAAUUUACCUUUGGUAUAGACA